CCGGGAACAUUAAACAUUCAUCGAACAAUAUUGUCAACAUGCAACGAGAAAAAAGCAUAAAAGCCAAAGAAGUUAUCGAGGCACUUAUAAAGUUUAUGUCUGCUCUUGAGGUGGAGUAUGUUCCGUGUGCCGAAACAUUUAGACGGGCGAAAUUCAACAAACAAGACGUGGUGCAGAAGUUGUGGGACGUACUGCGUGUCAUCCUAGUGAAAGCAGUGGUAUUGGAGUGCAAAUGCCAGCACUCAGAUCCAGGUGCACAGGCCAGGUUCGUCAGAAGUGCGCUGUGGCAUUGUGGGUACGGUGCCCGGUGGGUGGUGCCAACACAGGCUGGCAGUGGCUACGGAGGAGACCGUGGCGGUGGGGUGGGGAGCCGAGAGCUGCUCCUGGCCUUCGGCUGGAUGCUGUCGUCUGGAAGCCUGCUGGAGUAUCUGCUGGGGGAGAGAGUGCUGCAGCUGCAGCCGCUGGCACUGCCUCCUGCCCAGGUGUGCUCUCCUGGAAGUCCCCUGAUGGAUUUGUGGGAGUGUGGCAAGGGCAGAGAGGACGGUGCUGCCGGAGCCAGAGACGGAGCCGGAGGCAGCAGCACCAGUGGGAGUGGGAGUGGGAGUGUGGACCUACGGCACCUGCAGUGGGAGUAUGGCAAGCUGCGCCACCGCUGGAGAGCCCUGCUUUCUGCCCAGGACGAGAGGGCCAAGCUCAUUCACAAGGUGCUGUCUGACAUGGGCUCCCAGCCUGCCUCCCAGCCCCCCAGCGCCCAGGUACAGGCUGCUGGCACAGGCACAGGCGACGCUAGUCCGCUUAGCAAGGAGAUGGAGAAGACGAGGAGACUUAAUCAGCUGCUGGAGGCCUACCUGCAGUGGAAACUUCUGGAACCCUUGUUCUGGCGAUGGAUGGAGAGUGUGAUUGACAGCCACACAGCAGCUUCCUGUGUGGAGAUGGAGGAGGACAGCAGUGCCCACGCCACCACGCCUGCACCACAGGGCCCCUGGAUGCCCAUCGCCGUCACCACCACCAGCGCUGCUGCCCAGGCCUGCUGCUCCAGCGGCGACUGGGUCUCCAGAAGGCUCCAGCGUCUAGAAGCUCUCCGACUGCAGACACAGUCCGCCUUGCGCGCCACACGGGACGGGUCAGCAUCCAGACACGGCGCAGGCAGACAGCACAAGGCCAACCUCACAGGUUCAGACGCAGAUCCUGUCAACCUACGGGAAGCGGAGCGAGAGGUCACAUCAAGGUUACAAGGCCUCUCCAUCAACACCACCACCACCACACCUACCUCCAUAGAGAACGGCUUCAUCCCCUGCCUCCACCUCCAGGGGCACCCGGCACCUCACCCCAUCCACCAGCCCAGCAAGCACACUCCUCACGGGGCAGGGCCGUCAGGAAAGCUGCAGGCCUCGGAGGUUAUCCAGGAACUCAGGGCCAGGGAGGUCCAUCUGGUGAGAGAGCUGGAGGAGGCUAGGAGGGCACAGAGAACAGCCCUGAAGGACCAGGCUAAUGGACUAGAGGGGGUUAUACUCGUACCCCCUCCAAAGAGAUGCCACACUCCUCCUUAACUGCGGCAUAAUGACCUGAGAUUCCUGUGAAUGUGAAUGAGAUUAUUACUGUUUUGUCUAAGCGGCAGGCCCGCCGUCAGGGAGGGACAAAUGGGUCAGUUGUCCCGGGCCCAGGGAGAGAGUGGGCCCAGGAUUGACUCUCCAUUACAUUGUAUGUAUUGCAGGGGGCGGCAUUUUGGUUAAUUUGUCCCAGGCCCGCUCAAAGCUG